AUGUCUGCCAGCUACUGGAGCUCCAGCCAGCGCCGGUUCUGGACGUAUGCUAAGCCUGAGCUGGCUCAAAUUCGCCGCAGCCUUGAGGAUGAGAACAAGGAGCUGGUCCAGAAAUAUCCGCUUCCAGAUCGCCGCCUUCUGCAUGUCUAUUUCUGCAGCCAGCUCAACAAACUCGUCCGCAGAUUGAAACUGUCUCAGCAAGCCGUGGCCACCGCUCAGGUCUACAUCCGCCGCGUUUACACCAAGAUCGAGAUCAGGAGGACCAACCCCAACCUCGUCAUCGUCACUGCCCUCUACCUUGCUUGCAAGAUGGAAGAAAGCCCCCAGCACAUCCGCAUGAUCCUUGGCGAGGCCCGGCAAGCGUGGCAAGACAUCAUCCUUCCCGACACCUCGAAACUCGGCGAGUGCGAAUUCAGCCUCAUCUCGGAAAUGAACUCCCAGCUCAUCUUGCACCACCCCUACCGCAGCUUACUGGACCUCCAAACCAGCUUCAAGCUGACGCACGAGGAGUAUGCCCAGGCGGAAUACGUCAUUAACGACCAUUAUUUGACAGACCUGCCCCUGCUCCAUCCACCCCACGUCAUUGCAAUCGCUGCCAUGGUCAUUGCCGUGACACUGGGGCCCACGCAAGCGGGUAUCAACAUGCUGACUGCCGCAAGUAUGCAAAAUGCAAUGGCGGGCCUUUCCCAGCAGCAAACGGGAAAUGCGGGAGCAUCCCCUGUCAGGAUGCAACACCUGAUGAACUGGCUGGCAGACUCAAGCGUUGAUAUCGAGGCUGUGGCUGACUGUGUCCAAGAGAUGGUCUCCCUGUAUGAGGUUUGGGAGCAGUACAAUGAGAAAAUCUGCAAAGACCAAAUCAACAGGUUCAUCAAGGCCCGAGGUCUGGAGAAAUGA